CACAAAUUAAUUUUACUCUAUCAACAACAAGAAGAAGAAACACAGAAAUGGAAGGGGAGAUUCACAAUUUCAUUGUUGUAUGGACUAUUGUCUUAGCAAGUUUAUGUUAUACUCACACCAUAGCCAAGUUCUUUCCAAAAGGGAAAUCAAGAUUUGUGGUUAUAAUUCCAAUAGUUUGUCUAUUUUACAUUCUUCCUCUUUAUCUCACUUCCAUUAAUCUUUGUGGCACUACUUCUUUCUUCAUUACAGGACUAGCCACUUUCAAGCUCAUUCUGUUUUCUUUUGGUAAAGGCCCUUUGUCAUCAACCCCGCCUCUAGCACUUUCAACAUUCAUUCCCUUGGCAUGUUUGCCUAUAAAGUUACAAAAUUAUUCAACUAGUGACAAUGUUCAUGAAACCAAAAAAAAGACCACAAAUUCAAUUUUCAAUCUUGUUACCAAAAUUGCAUUUCUAGCCAUUUUGAUUAGGGUGUAUAGCUAUAAGGACUAUUUGCAUCCAAAAAUCAUUCUCUUCUUCUAUUGCCUACACAUUUACUUCAUGUUAGAGAUCAUAUUGAAUAUAGUUAGUGCCGCGGUUCGAGGGGUGAGUCGAGUCCAGCUCGAGUCACCCAUGAACGAUCCUCACCUAGCUAGCUCGCUCCAGGAUUUCUGGAGCAAGAGGUGGAACCUUAUGGUAACCAAUAUGCUUCGUUCGACUAUCUACGACCCCGUUCGUUAUAUUGUUGGGGACUGGAUUCCGAGGAAGUGGGCUCCAAUUCCGGCUGUGCUCGCCACGUUUUUCGUCUCGGGGCUAAUGCAUGAGCUAUUUUUCUACUACAUUGGAAGAUUAAAGCCUAGUGGUGAAGCCAUGAUGUUCUUUCUCAUUCAUGGAGUGGCUUUGAGUCUUGAAAUUGUUAUCAAGAAAAUUUUAAAUGGUAAAUUUUUGGUUCCUAGGAUUAUUUCAGGUCCAUUAGCACUUAGUUUUAUAAUUUUCACAAGUUUUUGGUUGUUUUUUCCUCCAUUUUUGAGGGGUAAUACAGAAAUUAAAGUAUGUACUGAAUUUAUUGCUUUCUUUAAAUUUAUUAGGUAUGGUCAACUAAUUAGUCCUACCAAUAUCACAUGUCCACUUCUGUAA